AUGCCUAUUGGUAACAUCUACGUGAUUGCGGCCACCGCCGUCGUCGGUGGUGGUUUGUUCGGUUUCGAUAUCGCCUCGGUGUCGGCCCAGUUGACCGAGCCCGCCUACUUGUGUUAUUUCAACCAAGGCCCUGAUGGCCCUCCAUUCAAUGACAACCCGAACUGCAGUGGUCCUACUUCUCUGCAUCAGGGAGGUAUUACUGCUGCCAUGUCUGCUGGGUCAUGGCUCGGUGCUCUUAUUUCUGGUCCCGUGUCUGACCGUAUUGGUCGUAAAUGGUCUAUCAUCAUCGGAUGUAUUGUCUGGAUAAUCGGAUCUACCCUUACCUGCGCUGCGCAGAAUAUUGGUAUGCUUGUUGUCGGCCGUAUCAUCAAUGGUUUGGCCGUCGGUUUUGAAUCUGCCCAAGUCCCCGUCUACAUCUCCGAGAUUUCACCUCCAACCCAGCGUGGUCGUUUCGUCGGUCUUCAGCAGUGGGCCAUUACCUGGGGUAUCUUGAUUAUGUACUAUAUCUCCUUCGGCUGCUCGUAUAUUGGAGGCCAGACUGCCCAGGAUUACAACACUGCCGCUUGGCGUAUCCCCUGGGGUCUGCAAAUGCUCCCCGCCAUUUUCCUCGGUUUCGCGAUGACCUUCUUGCCCGAGUCUCCUCGUUGGUUGGCUCGUCAGGACCGCUGGGAAGAGUGCCACGGUGUGCUUACCCUCGUCCACGGCAAGGGUGACCCCAACCAUCCUUUCGUGCAGGUCGAAUUGCAGGACAUUAAGGAGAUGUGCGAGUUCGAGCGCCGUCACGCCAAUGUCACCUACCUGGACCUCUUCAAACCUAACAUGCUCAACCGUACCGUGAUUGGUCUCUUCACUCAGAUCUGGUCUCAGCUCACUGGUAUGAACUGCAUGAUGUACUACAUCGGUUACAUUUUCACCAUGGCUGGUUACACCGGCAACGCUGCUUUGUUGGCCUCUUCCAUUCAAUACGUUAUCAACGUUAUCAUGACUCUACCUGCCUUGAUCUUUAUUGAUCGCCUUGGUCGUCGUAACUUGAUGUUGAUUGGCUCGACUUUGAUGGCCAUCUUCAUGUUUGCCAACGCUGGUAUCAUGGGUGCCCACGGCGUUAUCGUCCCUGGUGGUAUUAAAGGUGUUGCUGCCGAAUCCAUGAGUGUCUCUGGCGCCCCUGCCAAGGGUUUGAUUGCCUGCACCUACCUCUUCGUGGCUUCUUUCGCUCCUACCUGGGGUCCCGCCUCAUGGAUCUACCCACCAGAGUUGUUCCCUCUCCGUCUCCGUGGUAAGGGUGUCGCCUUAUCCACAUCUGGUAACUGGGCCUUCAACACUGCAUUGGGUCUCUUCACUCCCGUUGCUUUUGCCAACAUCCGCUACCAGACUUAUAUCAUCUUUGGUGUGUUCAACGUCGCCAUGACCAUUCACGUCUUCUUUGGUUUCCCCGAAACUGCCGGUAAGACUCUUGAAGAGACUGAGGCUAUGUUCGAGGAUCCCCAUGGUAUCAAAUAUAUUGGAACCCCUCCUUGGAAGACUGGUGUCGCCUUCAAGCGCAUGGCUGCUAUUGAGAGCGGUGCUCUUGACAUCAAGAGCACCUUGGCUGACACCCAUCUCCAUGUUGAGGAGACCCCUGCUGGUGAGGAGAAGGCUGUUGAGCACUCUGCUGCUGUUUAA